AUGGCGAAAGGACUCGGUCACCCUGAAUUUCAGGCUUUCCGGCCAUACGACUUCAAAGCCGCAAAUGAAGACUAUAUGGAAAAUGUCUUCUCGAAGCCGAACAUGAUCGUGGGGGCCAAAUCUCGCGUUGGCAUCAUCACUUGUUGCGAUGCCCGUAGCAGUCCCGACCAGUUUUUCCGGAUGGGCGAAAAUGAAGCCUUUGUGAUUCGGAAUGGAGGUGGAAGAACCGCAACCAUGGAUGUCCUUCGCACAAUUGCCAGUAUCGAAGUGCUGAGCGAUAUCAAAGAGUUGAAAGUUAUCCAUCACACAGAUUGCGGUGCGUUGUCAUGCUCCGAUGACUUUAUCCGGUCCAUGAUAAUAAAUAACGACCCAACCAUGAAAGACGGGCCGUUCCUCGACGGAUCAAAACAAUGGGCCGAGGCUUUGACCUACUAUGCAUUUUCGUGGAAAGAGGGGGAGACGGAAAGACAAGUGUUGGAACGAAGUGUAGUAGAAGAUGUCCAAUUUUUGAGAAGUCACCCCUUGAUCAAGCCUUCAAUUCCAAUCACUGGUUGGAUCUUCAAUCAAGACAACGGGGCUGUGGAAGAGGUGGACUGCGGGUUGGUGGACGGACGCGAUCCUCGCCAAAUUGAAUUGCUCAAAGAGCAGCUGUCCAAGACACUGAACGGAGAGGCGAAAAAUAUCAUUGCAGAUAUCGGCAAGACAGCCCACUGA